CUCAUUGACCCAGAAAACAACAAAAUUAUGGGGCUGGUAUUCAAUCUCCUCCUGGCUAUCUUUGCUGGCACAGGGUCGUUCCUCUUCGGAUAUGACUCUGGUGUCAUGACAGAUGUCAUCCAAUCGCCACAUUUCUUGUGGUUCUUCAACACAAAUCCAAAUUCUGAUAUCAUUGGGGCUAUAAAUUCGACGUUUAGUGGUGGUGCGGUGUUUGGCGCGUUGAUGGGAGGGUUCACGAUGGACCGAUUGGGAAGAAGACGAACGGUGCAAAUAGGAGCUUGCAUCAACGUUCUUGGAGCAUGUCUUCAGUGCGGUGCUCGCAAUCUUGGAAUGAUCUUGGUUGGGCGAAUCUUCGCCGGCUGGGCUGUCGGACUGAUGUCCAUGUCAGUUCCUGUGUAUCAAUCGGAAUGUGCUCAUCCAAACACUAGGGGUCUCAUCGUCGGUAUCACACAACAGAUGAUUGGUGUCGGAUUCAUCGUGUCCACCUGGGUCGGCUACGGCUCGUCCAAAGUCCCCAAGACUAGCGCUUUCUCGUGGAGAUUUCCUCUUGGCUUCCAAGCCAUUCCCGGCGCAAUCCUUGUCCUAGGUCUCUUCUUCUUGCCUGAAUCUCCCCGAUGGUUGAUGGAGAAAGAUCGCGGCGACGAAGCCAUGCGUGUUCUGAGGAAACUUCACUACGACGGCCACAACGACGACUGGAUUCAAUCCGAAUACAACGAAAUCAAGCUCACCAUUGACGCUGAGAAAGCUCUCACCGCUCCGGGUUGGCUCAUCAUGUUCAAAGUCAGGCCCUGGCGAGUACGACUAACGCAUGCGGUGCUCGUCCAAGUGUUUACGCAAAUGACUGGAAUCAACGUCAUCGGCUACUACCAAACCGUCAUGUACAAAAAUCUCGGCAUAACAGGCGGCCGCAGUCUGCUAGUCACCGGCAUCUACAACUGCGUCGGUCCAAUCGGCAACCUCAUCUUCAUCACCACGCUCCUCGACCGCGUCGGCCGUCGCCGGCCCCUCCUCAUCGGCACCGUCCUCAUCACCAUCGCGCUCGUCUGCGAAGCAGUCAUCGGCUCCCAAGUCGAACACGCCACGGGCGCGCGCAGAAACAGCCUCUCCAUCGCCGGCGUCUUCUUCCUCUUCUGCGUCACCACCAUCUUCAGCUUCUCCUUCGGCCCCAUCUCCUGGGUCUACGCCAGCGAGAUCAUGCCGUUCCAGAUCCGUGGCCGCGGAUCCGCCUUCGCCACCGGUAUCGGAAACUGGCUCGUGUCUACGAUAUGGAGCCAAGUCAGUCCGCGGGGGCUGGGCGCUAUAAAGUGGAAGUUCUACUUCGUCUUCGCGGCUUUCAAUGUGUGCGUCACGUUCCCGACCAUCUUCUUCUUCUUUAAGGAGACGACGCGGCUGAGUCUGGAGGAGAUUGAUUUACUCUUUGGCGAGCGGGCGAAUGGGGCGCUGCCGGAGAACUUGGAGGGGAAGCAAGUGGCUGUGCCGGAGAAGAAUGAGGAUACGGAGAGGGGUGUGCAGCAUAAGGAGACGGAUGUGGCUGCUUAAAGACCUACGGAAAAACAAAUUAGCUAAGGGAUGGAGGAGUAGUUGUAAUUACAAAGACGGUAGUGGUUAAGUGUAGGAAUGAUAUGAAUGUCAGAACUCUGAAGCGGGGUGUACAGUGCUG